CAACCACAGGCCAGAGACAGACCGCAGCACUAGUGCCGUGCUGCUCAUGUUUUCGUUUAAACAGUUAUGUCUCAAAAUAAGACAGGUGGACAUAAAGGUGCCUGGCGUUCCCAGAAGAGAAAAGAAGGGGAGGGACGGAUCUGUAUCCGGUACAAAUGUUGUCUGACCAACACCAUACAGGACGUCCUGUACCACAGACCAGGCUGGGUAGAGGUGAAAGAAGAUGGCGAAUGGGACUUUAAUUGGUGUGAUGUGGGCUGGAUGAGAGAUAACUUUGAUCACUUUUACAUGGAGGAACAUGUGCGAAUAUGUCACUUCCGCAACCACUAUGAGUUGACCCGGAAAAACCUGAUGGUGAAGAACUUGAAGAGGUAUCGGAAAGCUCUGGAGCGGGAUUUAGGCCAACAAGAGGCUAGCAAAUGUGAAUUUUUUCCCCAAACAUUUGAGCUGCCCAAUGAAUAUCACAUCUUUGUAGAAGAGUUUAAGAGAAGUAUAGGGACCACAUGGAUCAUGAAGCCGGUGGCACGAUCACAAGGGAAAGGCAUUUUUCUCUUUCGAAAACUCAAAGAUAUCAUAGAUUGGAGGAAGGAUGGUACUCGCUCUGAAGAACAAAAAGAUGAGGUUCAAGUUGAAAACUAUGUUGCUCAGCGUUACAUUGAGAACCCGUACCUCAUUGCUGGUAGAAAAUUUGACCUGAGAGUCUAUGUUCUUGUAACAUCAUAUAUUCCUCUGAAGGCCUGGCUUUAUCGAGAUGGUUUUGCUCGAUUUUCCAACACAAGGUUCUCCCUCAACAGCAUCGAUGAUCAGUAUGUACAUCUCACCAAUGUUGCUGUGCAAAAAACAGCUCCUGCUUAUGACCCUGAGAAGGGUUGUAAAUGGCAGAUGCAACAGCUGCGACUAUACCUGACGGCUAAACAUGGUUUCGAUACAGUGCAGUCCCUGUUUAAAGAAAUCGACAACAUAUUUAUUCACAGUCUGCUAAGCGUUCAGAAGACCAUCAUUAAUGACAAACAUUGUUUUGAGUUGUACGGAUAUGACAUACUACUGGACGAGAAUCUAAAGCCGUGGCUGAUUGAGGUAAACGCCUCCCCCUCCCUCUCAGCCAGCAGUCAGGGGGACUAUGACAUGAAAUACAGACUGCUGGAAGACACCCUGGACAUUGUAGACAUGGAGGGCCGUCUGACAGGCAAGGAGAAGCGAGUCGGAGGAUAUGACCUAAUGUGGAACGAUGGACCUGUCUACAUGGAUGAUGAUGGCCUGGAGGCUCUGGGCGGCUCUUGCCUCAUAGCAAACACACACCUCGGCUGUGUGAAUGACCGACAGAAGCAACUUCAACAACUUUUAAAGCCUUUCCCAGGACUGAAGAAACCUUAAACACAUAUGAGUGACUUUACAGCAGCAAGACAGACUACUUGUGACAACUCCAAAGAUUCCCUCAAGAGUUCAAUCAAAUAUGCACCUACGUAUCCGCUUGUUACUGUAAGACUGACGUCAUGCAGUGUUUCCAGGUCCAACUGAUCUUAAAACAGUGAAAAAACAAUAAAAUCAUGAUUACAUACACUCGUAUCAUAUAAUGCAAAACUACCAAAAAUACUCAAUCCUAAUUUUUAUUUCCAUAACAAGAUCCGAGAUGACCAGACAUGAACAAGGUUUUUUUUACGAGUUAUUGUUAUAUUGCUUUUGGCGAUUACAUGAGCCUGGAGACUGCUGUGUACACUGUGAGUUUAUACAUUUUUUUUUUUUUGCUUAAUUGUGUAAUAUGAAUAAAUAGUGCUCAUAAACAAGUGCUCAUAUUGAAAUGACAAAUGAGUGGAGGCUUGGACCCAGUAUACAACCUGAUGUAUAAGUUUUCCAUUGAUGUAAGGUUUCUUAGGAUAGGAAGAUAUUGUGUUUAACUUUGUGGAUGACUUUUGGAUGAGAUUAAAUGACUAUUAAUAUCUGCAUAGACAUAAAUACUGUAGUGUAGACAGAUACUGAUGAUGUAAUGGAAACUGUUUAUUUGUAGCUCAUAAAAAUAGCUGCAUUAAACUUAUACCAAAAUAAAAGCACAAUCUGACAAAGACCAAAGAGCAAAAUUUGACUUUGUUUUUCUUUUUGCCUGAUGAGGGAAUAAUACAAACCCCAUACUGGACAUAUACAGUAUGUAUAAAACUACAAACACACUAUCAUUAUUAUUCCUAAAAUCAAAUCAAGCUAUAUUUAAAGACACAAUGGUCAAUAUAAUAACAUGAAAAAUAAGCAUAUGAAUAUGGACAACCUUGACC